GACAGCCAACUCGCCCUCCAUUACAGCCAUGAUGCUUCCAUUCUGAUCACAACUUUCUGGCGAGGCCCAGCCUCUGUCCAAUCUACACUUUAUGGCUGCUCCCGACUACUUUGCCCGCAAGCCGUCGUACAAUCGCUCCCGUUCUGGUCUCGGUGUUCCUGGAGCCACUACCCCGGCUUCACCGCACACUCCGCUGUUGACACGCUCGCUCUCGUCUCAACUUGGCUCGCCUGGUGCUUCGUAUCGUGCAGAGGAAGAUACUCUGGUCUUUGAACUCGGCUCAAGGUCUCUUCGUGCGGGCUUCGCUGGCGACUCCGCACCUAGAUGCAUCCUUCCUUUUGGCCCCAACCAAACUAGACGCUUGAAUGACUUUUCUACACCGUCCACGCCAUUGCGCUCCGAGGAUGACUGGGCAAAAGAUUGGGAGCUGUGGGAGCUGGAUAUCCGGAACAACAACCUUGGUCUGGUAGAGGACAAGAUUGAACGUGCUGUACGACAUGCCCAGACCAACCACCUCCUGCUCGACCAACGUCCGCGCAAGCUCUUCCUCGUCCUUCCCUCGACCUUACCCCAUCCCCUCGUUUCUAUCACUCUGAACGUCUUGUUCAACGCACUCCAGCCUGCAACUGUGCAACUAUGGGCACCACCUGUGCUAUGUGCCGUGUCUGCCGGACUGCGAUCCGCCCUUGUCAUCGAUAUUGGUUGGCACGAGACGACUGCGACUGCGUUGUACGAAUACCGAGAAGUUUCACACAGGAGAUCAACUCGCGCUGCGAAACUCCUUACAAAGAACAUGGCCAAUACCUUACGCAAGCAUGCUGCUGCUUCUGAUGCCAUCCCCUUCGAAGUCGCUGAAGAUAUGGUAACUCGCAUGGCUUGGUGUCGUGAUACAAGUGGCCAAAAAUUUACCGAUGACGUGACUCUUCCACUUGGGACUUCUUCCUUACAAGUAUCGUUCGACAGUCUAGCGGAUCCGGCCGAAGAGACUUUCUUCUCAGCGCCGUUCCCGUUGGAGCGAACCGAUGACCACGACCUACCCCUACAUAUGCUGGCUUACAAGUGCUCACUCUCACUCCCUCUCGAUGUUCGCUCUAUCUGCGUGUCGCGCAUUGUAGUCACUGGCGGCGCAAGCGAUGUACCAGGCUUGAAGCCUCGUCUGCUGCGAGAAAUUGAGAACAUGGUCAGCACCAAGGAGUGGGAUCCAGUCAUGAACUACGGUUCUGUCAAGGGGAAGAAGCAGAAACGCAGUCAAGACCAGGUCAUGAGCUUGCCGACUAGGACGAAAACGCCGCAAACCGAUGUGCUGGAUCAGUCUGAUGGCUCCCCGUCGAACGAACAGGUGCUGGCUCGCGACGCACCACAAGAACGCGACGAAGUCGCCGAGAAGCUACAACGCGAUGUUCUGAAGCGCGGCAUCGCAGUACAAGGCUCAGUGCGUGGAGUUGAGACAUUGGGUGCUUGGGCGGGAGCGUCGUUGGUCGCCAGUCUCAAGGUCGAUGCAACCUUUGAAAUCAAGAAGGAUGACUUUCUUAAAAACGGUCUCAGUUCAUUGGGCCAGGCUUUUUGAAUAGCAUACUUCUCUGAUUGAAAAACAAAAGACUGUCUACUUCCACACCAUGUUGAACCAUUGCACUCUGCGAUAUUUGUCUGUCGAGUCGUCGUCGUCGUCGUGGCCAUGCUCAGCUGGUCGCCGCGAGUCUCGAAUCCCUCCGCCAAACUCACUCACAUGCUCACUGUCAUCUUCACUCACUGCGGCAAUUCCUGAUAACUCAGCAAGCUUAGUCAGCGCGAGGUCGACCGCCGCCUAUAAAAACACCACUCCUCUCCCUCUCUGCUUCCCCCCUGUAUCCCUACCCUUGCUCUCACCUUCUCACCAUCGCUCGCAUCGUCGGCUACUGGGCGGCUUCGGCUGUCCAAGUGGUUGAUGGGUGAGGGGUGGCAGGGGAGGUGAGAGCUGGGGGGACCAGUCAAUUCCUUCUGUUGGCGCUGUGGAGCAUGUCUGUUUCUUCUCAGAGCGGUUCG